AUGACCAAAAAGGUACAAGUGGUGGGUGCGCCACCGAUGGUGCAGCGGCCGCCAGCGACGCAAGAGAGCGACUCGGAGGCGGAGGCACCGCACGAGAGUGAGCACAUAGAUGGGCACGGCGACGACGAAGAGCAUGGCGAUGACGAAGAGCAUGGCGACGACGAUAUGGACGAGCUGAUGAGCGCCUUUGAGGACGACGAGACCGACCUGGAUCUGACGCACCUGCGCAUCAAGUCGACGAAAAACAUGCAUCUUGCGCGUUUCCAUGAUACCCUAGUUCGUCUCGUGCUGCGCCAGAACGAGAUCCGCUCCAUGCGCGGUAAGGACCUGGGCGCCGUGCCGCAUCUCCAAGAGCUUGAUCUGUACGACAAUGCGAUCGAACACAUCAGUGGUCUGGAGAACAAUCUCGAGCUGGAAAUCCUCGACCUAUCCUUCAACAACAUCCGGCACGUAUCUCGCGUAUCACACCUGCCCAGGUGCCAUACCCUCUACCUCGUCCAGAACAAGAUUGCCCACAUCCGCCCUACGGAUCUGCAGCCGCCGAUCGCAUGGAGUCUGCGCAGUCUCGAGCUCGGCGGCAACCGACUCCGCUCCCUUGAGAACCUAUCGCACUUGAUCAACCUCGAAGAGCUGUGGGUCGGUAAGAACAAAAUCACGUCACUCCAGGGCAUUGCGCCCCUGACCAAGCUGAGAGUCUUGUCGAUCCAGUCGAAUCGGCUGACCAAGCUAGAAGGCCUCGAGACUCUGACGGCACUAGAAGAGCUGUAUCUGUCCCACAACGGCAUCAAGAAACUCGAGAAUCUCGAGCACAACACCCAGCUCACAACGCUCGACUUUUGUGCAAACCAGGUCACGACCAUUGAGCAUGUGCGGCAUUUGUCGCGUCUGUCACAGUUCUGGGCCAAUGACAACCUGAUCACAGACCUGAAUCACCUGGAUGCGCAUCUCGGACCCCAGUACAUGCCGCAUCUCGAUACAGUGUACCUCGAGGGCAACCCAGGACAAAAAUCCGAGGGGGCAAACUACCGCCGCAAAGUGCAACUCGCGCUUCCCCAGAUCGCGCAGCUCGAUGCCACACUCGUGCGGCGUUCAUAG